AUGGCUUCUCAAGAUUAUCCGACUCUCCCCCGCCAACCCACACUCUCUCAACUGCCUCCCGAAUACCCCACCGACGCUCAGGACCAAAUCUCCCACGUCCUCUCCAACUCCAAGCUCAACCGUCUCGUCGUGCUCGACGACGACCCCACUGGCACGCAGACAUGUCAUGAUAUCUCCGUCCUCACCGUCUGGGACAUCCCCACCCUAAUCGACGAGUUCCGCCAGCCCUCCGCCGGCUUCUUCAUCCUCACCAACUCGCGCGCCCUGUCCCCCGCGGACGCCGAGGUCCUGAUCCGCACCAUCUGCGAGAACGUCUCUCAAGCCGCCACAGCCACCAACCAGACGGUCGACAUCGUCCUCCGCGGCGAUAGUACCUUGCGCGGCCACUUCCCACUCGAGGCUGACGUCGCCACCACCGUCUUCGGCGCAACCGACGCCUGGGUCCUCGCGCCCUUCUUCUUCCAGGGCGGCCGCUUCACCAUCAACGACGUGCACUACGUCGCGGAGGGCGAGAACUUGGUUCCCGCUGGUAAGACGCAGUUUGCGCAGGAUGCUACCUUCGGCUACAAGAGCUCGAAUUUACGGGACUAUGUCCUUGAAAAGGCUCCCGGACGGUUCGACCCCAAACAGCAGCUCCAUUCUGUCACUAUCGACGAGAUCCGCACGGGUGGUCCAGACGCGGUGUUUCGGAAACUGAUGGCCCUGCCGAAGGGAGGCGUCGUGGUCGUCAAUGCUGCUGCGGAGUCAGAUAUGCAUGUUUUCGUGGCGGGCUUGCUACUAGCCGAAGCUCAAGGAAAACACUAUCUCUACCGCACAGGCGCCGCCUUCGUCUCGACCCGUCUCGGCAUCCGCUCCAAACCCCCUAUCUCAGCCAGAGACCUGCACCUCCCCAACCCGCGCACAACAGGCGGCCUAAUCCUCGCAGGCUCCUACGUGCCCAAGACAACCGCGCAACUGAAGGAGCUGGUAGACCGACGUGGUGCUUCUGAUCUCGCCAUCAUCGAAAUCAACGUCGAAGAUCUAAUCGCGGCUUCGACGUCUUCGAACAGUACCGCAACAGCAGAAAUUAUAAACCAGGUCGUGCGCGACACAGAGCGAAAUCUAUCCGCGGGAAGAGAUACGUUGGUCAUGACGAGUCGGAAGCUGAUUACCGGCGAGGACGAGCUUUCGUCGUUGCGUGUGGGCUCGAAAGUCGCGGAGGCGUUGGUGGAUGUGUUACGGGGGGUGGAGGUGAGGCCGAGAUAUGUUAUUGCGAAGGGCGGAAUCACCUCCUCCGACGCAGCCACGAAAGGCCUAAACGUGAAACGAGCUCUAAUAGUCGGACAAGCCGCGCCCGGCGUCCCUCUAUGGCGAUGCGACGAGCCGACCUCGCGCCAUCGCGGGGUUCCCUUCGUAGUGUUUCCGGGAAAUGUAGGUGGCGAGACGACAUUACGUGAUUUGGUGGAGGCGUGGAGUUAA